AUGCAUAGUACGGAGAUAUAUAUAAAUAAUGUAUUAUACACGAUAACUGAUGAGGUUGCAGUUAUAAAACGAAUAUUAACGGAUGAGGAGUAUGCCACUUCGUUUAUUAUUGGACAAAUUGAAAAUGGCGACAUAGAUCUAGAAGGAAGUGAAACAUUAGAUAUUCAAUUUCAACGUCCAUCGUCCCCUCCUUCACAAAUAGAAUUAAAUUGCCUGCCAUUAAACAAUAAAAGUAAUUUUCUAAAUAUACCUUCGACAAGUUCUGGCUGUACUAGUAGCAUACCUUCAAGUUCUACUUCUACUAAUAUAAUACCCAGUGAUGGUAAUAAAAAUAUAAAUGUGUGGCAGCAAAAAGGAAAGCCUAAUGAAAUGGAUGGAAAAGUAACUUGUUUGUUAUUAAAACUGCGAGGCUCAACCAUAUAUACAAGAAAAUUUAAUGAUAAAUGUUCAGUGAAAAAUAAACUGUGGGAGGAGAUUGCAAAAAAAAUGGGAGAAGAAGGCUUUUGUGUAAGUGGUGUACAGAGCCAACAAAAGUUCAUGAAUUUAUCAAAAAAAUACAUAAUGACCUUCCUAGAGUGAACACCACGUUUCAGUGAGCUCCGAUGUUUUCAAAAAUUUAGUGGUACUUUCAAUAGAAAUAAAGGUUAAUUAGUAAAAACUCGUUCAUAAAGUGACAUAUUGUGUUGAAUUAGUGAAUUUCAAGCCAUAACUGCAAUUAAUAAGGUAUUUUUUUAAAAACAUUUAAGUAAUAUCGGUGUUGCCAUGUCUCCAACUGCUAACACACGAGCUAACAGUGCAUCUAAUCAUUUUGACGAUACUCAAUUAGAAAGCAUGAUUACAAAAAUAUCUUCAAAAUUGCUUAACAAAAUUAACGACAAAUUGGAAAAAAUGACAAAUAGGUUUGAUACCAUAGAUGAUACGUUAAAGUCCCUCGAUGCUAAAUUAAGUCAUUUAGAAGAUGUAGAACAAAAUAAUGUGAAGCAAAUCAUUUCAAUUAAUGAAAAAUUAGAUGAGCUAAAUCAAAAAUCAAGAAUGAAUAGUCUACGUCUAGUUGGUAUAA